UUGCCGUCUGCUCGAUAGAACACUUCUUAGUCGUUCGCAUUUUGCGACUUACUUGUCCGUUCAUUUUUGCGUAUUGUCUUCGCGUAAAAAUGAAUGUGAUCGCGAGAUCUGCGAAUAUUUCACCGUAUUUGAAGGCAACGGUGACGGUUGUAUCAAAUGGAGGAAGAACGGUUGCUGCGACUGGUAAAGCUCAAAGACCACCAAUUGUCGUUCCUGCUUCCGUCAUACCUAUGAUAAGUGAUACUAUGCAGCAGAACAUUAUUUCUGGAGUUGUAAGAGUUAGCUCGAGUAUCUCAGCACCCACGCAAAUACAGCAGUCUCGUAUGGCUCAUACCGACAUCCAAGUACCAGAUUUCUCGCACUAUCGCAGAGAUGAUGUUAAAGAUUCAUAUGCAAGCAAUCGUGAAACUGCUGGGUCAAGAAAAACAUUUUCUUAUGUUUUAGCAGCGGGUACUGGUUUAGCUGCCGCUUAUUCGACUAAAACAAUAGUCAAUGAGCUUGUGGCAACCUUAAGCGCAGGUGCUGACGUAUUGGCAUUGUCAAAGAUAGAAGUAAAUCUCGACGAUGUACCGGAGGGAAAGAAUGUAGCAUUCAAAUGGCGCGGCAAGCCCAUAUUUGUCAGACACAGAACGCCAGCCGAAAUUAAGAAAGAAAGCACAGUUGACGUAGCCUCCCUUCGCGAUCCAGAGCAUGAUAGCGAAAGGACACAAAAACCAGAAUGGUUGAUUGUUAUCGGCGUAUGCACGCAUUUGGGUUGUAUACCCGUUGCUAAUGCCGGUGAUUUUGGUGGUUAUUAUUGUCCAUGUCAUGGCUCUCAUUACGAUGCCAGCGGUAGAAUUAGAAAAGGUCCCGCUCCCUUAAAUCUCCAGGUUCCGCAGCAUACUUUCAAAGGAAACAUACUGACUGUCGGUUAAUGAUAGUUCGGUGUGUGUAGUAAUAAAUUGAACAUAUUUCAUAGAA